AUGCUUUACACUGAGUUAAUACGGUUAUGGGAUGAGGCGGUGCAGGCGGCAGAUGCAAAGGAUUGGCAAGGGGCUCUGUCCAAACUGGAGCAAAUCAGUGAACCCACAUCUCGCACUCUGUUCAAUGCUGCCUCAGCUCACCUGGUUCUGGGACAGCUGGACCUGGCCCUGAAGGCUUUAGACCUCACCAUUGCCAAAGAUGAACGUCUUGCUGUUGGCUUCUUCCAAAGAGCAGCAGUGAUGAUGCAGAUUGACAGGUUGGAGGAGGCUUUAUCAGACUGUAUCUGGGCACAGAAACAUAUGAGAGGGAACACGGUCAUUGACUACAGACAGCUGGGACUGCGAUUCAAACUCUACAGCUGGCAGGUAUUAUAUAAUGCAGCAGCUGUGUACUGUCGGAUGGGCCAGUGGGAGCAGGCCAGGGAGGUCCUGCUAUCAGCCUCCCAGGAGAGAGGAGGAGGUCGAGGGGGGAACGUAGAGGUCGCUUUGGAAAGUGUCCAAAGGGAAGAAGUCCUGGCUCCUCUCCUGGUGCCUGAGGAUGUGGUGUUUCGUCCCAGGAAACAGGAUGUGGACCAGCUGCAGCAAAGAGACUUCCUUGGCAAAGCAAAGGUGAUUUCCUCUAUGAUUCCCAAUGAUGACUUUGGUGGCUUUGAACCUCUGAGGCUGCAGAAACCUGGUUUCUAUGAGCCUAAGAUGGAUGGAGCUCAGGAUUCUCGAUACAUGCGCAUCCGGACCCCAUACAUGGCUCGGGGCACAGGACAGCUGACAGUGCCAGGAGGGGCUAUGGUGUUUUUAUUUGGCGAGGAGGACAGGGAUGGGAUGGCAACUGUCAUAUAUGAUGGACAGAGAGGACUUCUGCCAAUGUCCCUGCUUGAGCCUGCAGAUGUCAAAACUUCCAAAAGCAAAAAGGAGAAUAGAGUUCCCAGUGGGAUCCCUCUCCCACCAGGACUCAAGCCACCCACUCGUCCAAAGCCCCAGCCCAGCCCUACAGCUCCUCCUCGAGCCCAUUUUACCUCAGACACUCCACCUCCAUCCUACAUCACUGCCACCCACAUACUGCCGUCAGCCUCAGAGCCUCCCAAGUACACAGCCAAUGCAGCCAGCGACCAGCAUGAUGGUGUAGCUCAGGGAGCAGAGGGAGGGUCUGUGGUGGUGAAGGUCCACUACAAAUACACUGUGGCGCUGUCUGUCCCUCUGGACACACCGUACAGUGAAGUGAAGGAACGCAUCGCUCAGAAAUUGGGCCAGCCAGCAUCUCGGCUGCGCCUCAGACAUAAACCGCAUGGCUCCAAGGUGCUGAUACCUCUGGAUUACAAAGUGGAGCAGGGCCGAACUGUGCAAGAGGUAGCUGAGGCUGGUCGAGCCACCUUGUGGUGCCAGACAGAAGACCCCCUGGUCAACCGUCCUAUCCUCUACCAGAUGGUGGCACUCUAUGACUACGCUGCUCAGGGCCCAGCGGACCUAGAGUUUAGCGAAGGAGACACUAUCGACAUCCUGGGCGAAGUUAAUGAGGAGUGGAUGGAGGGACACAAUGCAGGAAAUAUCGGAAUCUUCCCGUCUUGCUUUGCCUACCAGGAGAACACGGACAGUACAGAGAUUGCAGAGUUAUAAAAGCAAAUGUGUUACUAUGAAGUCUAAUACACCUGUUAAUUUGAGAAUGUUGGCAGCUUCCAGCUACAAAAAACUCAAACACCCUUAUAAGGGCAUAUUAUGGACUUUGUUUUGACUUUUUCAUACUUUAAAAAUAUUUAUUUUUGUUAUUCUAAUGUUGCUUAGAAUAUGUCGAUAAUACUGAAGAGUAUGUUUAUAUUAAAACCUGCUGUACUUUG